AAAAAACUAAAAAUUCCACCCAGAGCUCGGUCACAUGACUUCAGCACACCUUCAACGAUCGAAUUUCCGCCGCAAGUUAACCAUCUACACCCACUUCACAGCUUCAAUAUACCCCGGAGAAACUUAAUACCCCAGAUUCACCAGAAGAAUCUCCGGGUUUUGAUUUCAUUGCUAAAGUCCCUAUAGUCGAUAUUUCAGCUAUAUUCCUUACCUCCCGCUGAACUAGCCAGUCCUUGUCCCUUCGUCUUCUCCCCACAGCUUCCCCGCGAUGGUCCUUCAAGACCUGGGGCGGCGCAUCAACGCCGCCGUCAACGACUUAACAAGAUCAAAUAACCUCGAUGAACAGGCGUUCGAUGCUAUGAUCAAAGAGAUAUGCGCCGCCCUUCUAUCAGCCGACGUCAACGUCCGCCUCGUCCAGUCCCUUCGCAAAUCCAUAAAAGCCGCCGUGCCAUUCUCCUCCCUGCCGCCCGCUGUAAAUAAGAAGCGCCUAAUACAAAAAACCGUAUUUGAUCAGCUGGUGGCUCUGGUAGACCCUCAUGCUGAACCCUUCAAGCCGAAGAAGGGGAGGUCCAAUGUUAUCAUGUUUGUUGGUCUACAGGGUGCGGGUAAAACGACGACAUGUACGAAACUGGCUCGGCAUUAUCAGACUCGUGGUUUCCGAGCAGCCCUUGUUUGCGCGGAUACUUUCCGUGCAGGUGCUUUCGAUCAGCUCAAGCAGAAUGCGACAAAAGCAAAGAUCCCGUACUUCGGCAGCUUGACACAGACAGAUCCCGCCGUGGUGGCUGCAGAGGGUGUGGCAAAGUUCAAGAAGGAGCGUUUUGAUAUCAUCAUUGUCGAUACAAGUGGUAGACAUAAGCAGGAGGAAGAUCUAUUUACGGAAAUGACACAGAUUCAAACGGCCAUAAAACCAGAUCAAACCAUCUUGGUACUGGACGGUACUAUCGGACAAGCCGCGGAAUCCCAGUCCGCUGCAUUCAAAGCUACAGCAGAUUUCGGUGCUAUAAUAAUCACUAAAACAGACGGUAGUGCUGCUGGUGGAGGUGCCAUCUCCGCCGUCGCCGCAACCCACACACCCAUCAUUUUCCUAGGAACGGGAGAACAUAUGCUAGACCUCGAACGAUUUGCUCCAAAGCCAUUCAUCCAAAAACUUCUAGGCAUGGGCGACAUGGCCAGUUUAGUCGAACACGUGCAAGCCGUAACGAAGGACUCCGCAACCGCCAAAGAAACCUACAAACACAUCUCGGCCGGAAUUUUCACGCUACGCGAUUUCCGCGAAAAUAUCACAUCCAUCAUGAAAAUGGGACCCCUCUCCAAGAUCUCAAGCAUGAUUCCAGGCUUAUCAAACAUCACCUCAGGCCUCGACGACGAAGACGGCUCCCUCAAACUCCGCCGGAUGAUCUACAUCUUCGACAGCAUGACCGCCGCAGAACUCGACGGCGACGGCAAAGUAUUCAUCGACCAGCCUUCCCGCAUCGUGCGCGUUGCAUGCGGAAGCGGCACCACCGUUCGCGAAGUCGAGGACCUGCUCUCCCAACACAAGAUGAUGGCUGGAAUGGCGAAGAGAGUUGGUGGGCAGAAGAAGCACAUGCAGCGCGCGCAGAAUAUGCUUAAGGGCGGUAAUAAAGAGCAGCAGAUGGCUGCUAUGCAGAAGCGCAUGGCCGCUAUGGGCGGUGCAGGCGGGAUGCCGGGGAUGGGUGAUAUGGCGAAGAUGAUGCAAAUGUUUGGCGGUGGUGGGGGCGCUGGUGGCGCGGGUGGCGCGGGUGGGAUGCCUGGAUUAGGAGGAAUGGAUUUGCAGAGCAUGAUGAGCCAGAUGAGCGGGUUGAUGGGAGGGGGCGGUGGAGCUGGGAGUGGACGAGGGAGGGGAAGAUAAACUCGUCUUAACCCACCCUCAUUCAUUAUUUAAUUAUCUGCGUUCAUUUGUCCCCAUUUUAUUUUCGAUGGGGUGUAUUUUUUCUUCUAAUAUUGUAUGACACAUAUGAUAUACAAAGGCGUUAACGGAGCGAGCUUCGAGUUCUUUUCUUUCAAGAUUUUCCCCGUUGUUUCUUUCGCUUGAUUUCGGGUUUAAUGUGUUUCUCUUCUUGUGAUUGCGGAGUACUUUAUGAUGUUUUAAUGUUCAUUACUCUGACUCGCACAUCUACCUACCCAUUGCUUACAACUUUGAUUUGUUGUAUAUAUAAUACAUACUCAAAUUGGCACGCUGGAAAGCAGCUAUGUAAUUUCAUGUGCAGUACAAAAGCUAUCUUUUCCAGCGGCCCGCGGCCAGGGGCCAUGCACGUACAUGUACCAACACCAGUACGACCUUCCAAAGUAAUAGUGGCUGAAGAGACAACCUAUAAUUGCACUGAUAAUUCUAUAUAAUAAAUAAAGAAGUGUUAAAAUACGCUCCGUAUAUA